CAUCUUGACAAUCGUAUCACAGAGCAACUGACAGUUGUUUAUGUAGCAGCUAAACCGCAUGGUUGUAGGGUGUUUAACCGGGAAACCACAAUUUUUGUAAUAAAUAGCCUUCUAAAUCAAUAAAAAAACGUGCCACAGCUAUCAAAAUGACGACAAAAACAGCUAAACGUAAGCUGGAACCGAACGGCGUUGAGUGUCCUGUUGGGGAGAAGAAGCAGAAAUCAGCUGAAAAGGCGAAUUCAAAGGAUGUACCACCGGUCGCAGUUAAGAACCCCAAAGGUCAGCGUGUAUCGCAAGUAUUCAAGAAACGCAAAACCAAUGGGUAUGCGGAACCGAGCAUGGAUAAAAAAACGGGACAACAAGCAGCAGAAUCUUUUCGCCGGGAGCUGGAAACCGGAGUGAUGGCGAUGAGUGCCAUUCGUCACUUUCUGCAGGAAGCGUACACGAACCCGGAGAUGGUUUUGCAUUACAUUAAGUGCGGUGGCACAUUUAAACCACUGUUGGCCAUUCUGUCGUCUUGCGAGAAGGAUAAACUGAACGAUAUCGCCGACGUGUUGCACUUGGUGCAGCUUAUUUUGUUGCAGAGUUUGGAUUAUGACGAAACGCAUGUUCAGUACGCCAUCAAGUGUGUUCGAUCCAUCAUGACGAACUAUCAGACCGUUAUUUGUAGUUUGCUACAGGAUCAAGGUGCGAAUGAUAUAUCCAGCAAAGCAUCCGCCUUGCGGCUUCUUAAAGCUGUCCUGCUGGUAGAUGGUGUAACGUACUGGCGAGAUGUGUUACAGUUGGUGGACACUUCUAGUGCUAAGAUGGGUAUGACCGACCAUCGUGAAUCGAUCGCCCGAAAGGAAGGCUUCGUCGGAAACUCAUUGCGUACAGCGUUUAUUGAAUUUAAUCUAGCAUUUCUGAUCGAUACACCGUCACAAAUGGUUCGGUUCUGGCUAGCCCGGCAUUCCCUCGUGUAUCCGCUGAUACUCAACCUCGUGUUCGAUAGUUCGGAAAACGUGGUGCUGGUUAUGAAGACGCUACGGCAGUACGUGCUCGACAUUCCUGACAUCGACAAAUACAUUUACCGCACCGCUUUCACACCGGAAAUACUGAAAGCGCUGGUCCACGUGUACGAAUGGGUCGGUCCAGCGAAGCAGCAAAUCACAGAACAGGCCAAACAGCAGGUGUUGUGCGCUACCGAAGAGUUCUUGCUACCGUUGCUCACCUCGCGGCGCUGCUUUUUAGUUCCGAAAUCUGUCGAUCUUGAACGGGCCAGUCCGCGUUAUCGGCAGCUGUUGCAGCAUUUGAAGCACACUCAGCUACACGCACACCAACGACGCCUAGUGCUCGGUAUGCUGGAAAUGUGCCCGGAGGUGUUACCGGCAACGCUUAGCAUGUACGGUGGUUUGAUGAAAACGAAAUCGCUUGAAAUACGCGAGAUGUUGAAGAACAUGAUUCUGCUGUGCAAACCCGCCGAACUGUUCGGUAAGCUGGAAAAGGGUGUAUCCGCCAAAACGUUGUCGGCGUUUAUAGUGCAGACCACACUGCCGCGCACCAUUCUCGAACACAUCGGUGUGGCGCUGGAUGCCCAGAGCGGAAACAUCCCUUAUUGUCUAGAGUUUCUCGCGCUCAUGGUAACGCGCUGCGAGGAGUGUCUGCAGGCGAUCGAAAGCAGCGGCAUAUUGGAUCAGUUCGGGCGAACAAAGGUGAAGGUAGACGCCAUCAAUAAGUUGGUGGCAAUGUUUCCCAGCAUCGAUCGCAUCAUGACAGCGAUGCAAACCCAUCGGGACAGUUGUGCGGUGGAUCGUGCGGUAGUGGUAACGCUAGAGCACGCGAUGGAUAUUUUGCUCGUUUGCAUCCGUUCGUUCCGUGCGUACAUUGACUCUUCCUCGUUCAUCACCACCUUUCGCAGCAUUUUAAAACCGACCUACCGUAAUCCUGUGGUGGAGAAACUUUACCUAAAUUACGAGUUCAAAGCGAUCAAGGUGAUCAUCGCGCUGGAACCGCAGAGUGUCGCCUUCAGUUCGGAUCUGUUCCCGUCCGUGUUUCUGCUGCUAACCAAAGCGUAUAUCAACGGAACGUCCGAUAUGCGGCGUGAUGCCACCGAACAGUUGCUGGCACUGCUCCGCAACACUGCCCUGUUCGGCAAUCGUGGUACGGAGAUCGAAUUUUGGUUUCAGGCGCUUAGUGAUAUGGAUUCUCCUAAGCAUAUAGCGGAGCUUGUAUUGUAUUUAGCGAACAAAUUGCAACGAGCUGCUCAGCUGAUUGGACAACAAGCGAAUGCAAAGGCAACCAUCGAUCACAGUUUGAUUAACGAGGCGUUUAAUUUCGAAGCAUCCUCGAGGGAGGACGAACUGAACGCACUGUUCGACCGUGUUGAGCAGGAAACCGACCGGAUCGUUGCAUUCGCCGGAUCGGAAGCAUUGCUAGACGCGCAGGUUGAGCUACCCGUAGCGGACAACUUCUUCAUGUACAUAUUUGACAAAGCUACCGAACGGCCAGAGCAGUUUCGCCUGUAUUUUGAAGGUGUAGCAUUACGUUAUCUGCACUACAUACCACAUCCGGAGAUCGUUCAUCGGGCGGUGAAGGCGCUUGAGGAUGGAAGUGUGUCGUCCGCACUGUUCAAGUACGCUAACAAAUGGCUAACGAAUAAGGAGUCCACUCUCGUCGACAUCGGAAGAGAAAUGUUUCGUCCACUGAGCAGUGCGUUAGUGGCGAAAGAUAAAAGUUUUACGCUUGACAAGAAGCUUGAUCGCCCCACGGACGAUGUGCGUGGUGUACUGUUGAACAUGUUCCAUCAAACUAUGUUUUACUUCAGCCGCUGGGUAGCAUCGGGCAAGCUUACUCCGAAUCACGUAGAAAUAACAAAGCACUACUGUAAUCUGCUGCUCGAAGGCCUUCUCAAGCCGGGCGUUCUGUCGGAGCGGGACAUAGGCGAACUGUUGGAAGGAGUUUUCCUGCAGCGCCCUGCCAUCUUCCAAAACUUUACCAUCAGCAAGCAGGAUGAAGAUUCAACGCGCCGACAGGUUUCCGAGUUCGUGUAUAAUCUAAUGCAGAUGAUGCACCAUUUGCCGCACUUUGAAAAUUACACCGAACUGUAUUCCAACAAGAUGACCACCGAAUUGAUCCAAAUGUCGAAGGAUAAUGCCGCAACGCAGCUGGACGGUGAGUUGGCGAAGAAGCUGCUAACCAUUUUCAAGCUGAACGAGCGUCACUGUGUCAUGCUUCUUCAGCAUUAUGCACAAUUGUCUGCCGACGUUUUCGUCGCCGAAAAUGAACGUUCGUACCAUUACCAGCAGUUGUGUUUAGCACUGCAGCAGCUGAUAGUGCGCAAUCAGUGCCGUCAGGAAAACUACCUUCCGGAGGAAGCUGUACGAGGGUUGGUGCGUAUCUACAUGGAAUGUGGACAGGGUGAAGAAGGAAGCGAUAGUCAAGCGGUUGAGUUGGACGAGCUGGAACAAACGUUGUGCGAUUACUUCGCUAUGUUCCCGCACAGUAUUGCGCACAUCGAUCCGGACCUGAUGCGCGUAUUCUUCGACAAUAAACGGAGAAUAAGCAAAGCGACGAUAAAACUUGCAACCUUCUUACUAGGGCGCAGUUCUCACUUGCACGGUCCCUUUUUAGAGCUUGUAGGACAGAACACGGCCAAAAAGGAUCUAGUGUAUCCGUUGCUAAAUGUUGCCUUCAGACGAGGCAUCAUUACCGAGGCAACAAUGGAAAACGCUGAAGUCAAAAGUUUAAUGACCCAAAUCUACGCCGAAUUCAAGGGUCCAAUUCUAAAGAUGCUAGAAAAACCCAACAAAGCGGCAGUGAUUUAUCGCGAAAACGCCCUAGCAAGCGAACAACUCGUCCGACUAUGCAUGCCACGCAACGAAUGUGUUGAUUUUGGACAGAAAAAGCUCCGCAUCGAGGCGGUCGAAUCGUUCCAGCUACGUGUGCUGAUGGAGAUCUAUGGGGCCGCACUGAAGACAUCGACCGAGGGAGGAAAUGUAACUGUACAGCAAACGAUCUACUGUAAUGGGUUCACCGUACUGUUGCAAUGUUUCGAGGCACUGUUUCGAUCGAUUUCGUCCGCACAGUAUCUGCUGCAGCAGGAUGCACACAUGCAGCGAUUGAACGAGUUGACUCUCGCCACAUAUCGGUGGGUAACGCAUGCAUCACGCUACCAUAUCAAGGAUGAGAAGAUGACAUUCGGCACGGUUACAAAGACAGGCCAGUGGACCACAUUUUGCAAGAACUGUCUUAAAUUUGGCCUUGAAACAGUACGUCGAGGUGAUAACGAUCGUCGCUUCGAUGAGCGCUUGCACGUGUUGCCGAAGCUGAUGGCGGUUUUGGUGGAGCUUUUCUACAUCGAUGGACAGAAGCAGCAAACCGAUAUCGAGCGAUACUAUGAAUGGGCUUUGUCACACUCGAACUUUCUCCGUGUGCUGCUGCUGCAGUAUCAGUACCAGCCGAAAACUGCCCUCGUACAGCUGUUGUAUGCGCUUGCACGCAAAAAUCCAACCGUGGCAAACGAAAAGCAUGUUCCGCUGCUUUUAGGAGCGUACGGUGCCACACUAACGGACGCAAACCGGUACAUCCUAGCGCUUCUUCAGCACUACGAACGGUCGGGCGUGCGGAUGCACGAGUUUCGCCCAUUCUUGUGGGGCGAAACGGCCAUUAAACAUUUCUCCCUGGAAUCGAGAGGAGCCGGCGAUGAAACAAGUAACGGGCACGAAGGGACCGCUCGUAGGCCGCAAAAAACAUUCCGCACCAAAGUGUCGGAGGUUUUUUCGUUGCUGACGGAAGAUAAGGUUAUCAAUAUGAUUGAAAAUUUUCCCGUCUGGCGAAAGCUCGAUGCAUGCGCUCAAUUACCGGAGACAAACUUUGACCAGCUGGCCGAGCAGUCAGAUUCGGAAAAACGAGACCUGCUGGUGAAUUAUCAAGCAAACAGUCCGGUCGAGCGGUUCGUAGAGAAAACGCACCGCGGUCGGAAGCUUCAUCCGCAAAGUGAUCUGCUGGAAAUGCUCCCCAACAACAGCGAGCUUAAUUCCGUAACGUAUGAUCCUGCUUUCCUGAUGCCAAUGCUGAACUACAUGUACUCGAGCGAACAGUCGGACAUGUUGCGUCGCAGCAUACGGUAUGGCAUCCUUACGCUACCAUUCCUGUGCCUGGCAAGUAACGAUGAGCAGAUGCGUUUAGCGGCCGGCAGUGUCCUGCUGCGCAUUCGCAGCCAUUUACAGCUGACGAAGCGACUAACCGACGCGAAAACCUGGCUACACCUGUUGGCCAUCGUGCAGCGGCGAUUUAUCGACAUGUAUGCGACGGCAGCCAGCUACAAUGAGAGUGUACACACGCAGGGUCAUGUUCCAAGAGCACCGUACCUGUCGAUGCUGUUCAUCGCCGAAACGGUCAAGCUGCUGCCGAACGUACUGAGCAAACUGCACACACCGAUGAUGACGUACGUUAUCAACCAGGACGUGUACAACUUCCGCAUGGUGCCCAACUUUCUGCCCCUGUUUAACAGCAGCGAUGUGGAAAACAACGUGCAGCGCAUGUUUAUGGUGCGUACGCUAUAUCUCGGCGUUAAAACCCAUCGCGACUUUGCGGUACUGCGUGCCUCACCAAUCAUACAGGUGAUGAUGGGCUUUCACGGUUCGCCACUGUCGAACAGAGAGCUGAAUAUGGCCAUCCUGAACCUACUGAAUGCGAUUGCGAAAAUUCCGAAAUCCUGCCAAUAUUUGGUAGAUUCGCUCGGGUUUGUCGGUUGGCUUAGUGAGCGCAUUGACGUGAUCGAGAGUUUCGAGUUCGACACGAUUGAAGCGUUUCUGGGACUGCUAAGCGAUUGCUGGUACUCGAUGCAGGUAAUGGCAUGUUCGUACAAAACCGCGUCACGACACCAGCAACCCCGUUCGACGGUGUUCUUCCAGCGUGGCAUACUGAUACUAACGCUCAAGUUUCUUCCGCUGCUAUCACCGCGCAGUACAAGCACUACAUUAGUACGGUUCUUAAACUUGCUGGAAAAGACAACCUCCCCGUGGUACGGUUACCAACAUCUAAUGUCACUGGUCAGUACCGAAGUGAUGCAACAGCUGGUAGAGUACUUCGAGACCCUGUUCAGCGAUCGUACCGAGCACGGUGAUCUGUUGUGGUGCGUCCGAUACGUGCGCACGUGUGGAACGUUUGGUAUUGAUGAUGAUCUAACGAUGGGCAGGAAGAUACAGGACGCUGGAGUAGAUCAGACAACCAUUCUCGUUUUGCUUGCACUCCGCCGGUUUGUUAUGCGUUGGUGCAACUGUCAGAAGGGUGACACCGGCAUCGAGGUAACGGAUGAGCUGGAAGAGGUAAACUUCGCAAUGGAAGCCGGUAACACGGCAAAUGAAGACGAUGAGGAUGGUGAUGCGGUAGGGAAUGAAAAUGUUGCCGAAGAAGAGACACCAAUGGACGAGUGAAUGUGUUUGAUAGCAUAAAAAGUAAUUUCUGUUACGUUACUCUAAAUAAAAUAUGAAAUAAGUAAAUGAAAAUAGUAAAACAUCUCU